CUGGUAGGCGGGCGGGUGCGGGCGGGUGCGGCGUGGGCUUCGAGGGCUGCUACCGAGUUCUCAAAGUCAUGAAUCCUGUCUAUAGUCCUAGUUCUUCUGGGGUUCCCUAUACAAAUGCCAAAGGAAUUGGUUAUCCAGCUGGUUUCCCCAUGAGCUAUGCAGCAGCAGCUCCUUCCUACUCCCCCAACAUGUACCCUGGAGCAAAUCCUACCUUCCAAACAGGUUACACUCCUGGCACACCUUACAAAGUGUCCUGUUCCCCCACCAGUGGGGCAGUGCCACCAUAUUCCUCCUCUCCCAACACAUACCAGACUGCUAUAUACCCUGUACGAAGUGCCUACCCCCAGCAAAGCCCAUAUGCACAGCAAGGCACAUUCUACACACAGCACCUGUAUGCAGCACCCCCUCACGUCAUCCACCACACCACAGUGGUGCAGCCCAACGGCAUGCCGGCGACAAUGUACCCUGCUCCCAUCCCUCCUCCGAGAGGCAACGGGGUCACCAUGGGUAUGGUGGCUGGGACCACUAUGGCCAUGUCAGCAGGUACCCUGCUGACUGCCCACUCCCCAACUCCUGUCGCCCCCCAUCCAGUCACUGUGCCCACGUAUCGGGGUCCAGGAACGCCCACCUACAGCUACGUGCCCCCUCAGUGGUGAUCGCCUGCAAAUAAAAACAAAAUCCAAACAAAAAACUGGAACCAGGUUCUGGAGUCAACACACAGCUACAUGUGGACAUACCCUGACGGAAGUUUGAAGCUGAUUAUAAACACAUUACAAGUGAAGAGAGUGUCUAGAGAGGAACUGGGAGGCAAAAUGGGUGGGUUCUGGGGCCAGGUGUGGUCAUACGCAGAAUACCCGGUUCCCACCCUCCAGGGAUGUCAGCUGCCUGGUACCAUCAGCUGGAGGACUGGAAGGAGAAUUGGAGGGCAGAGGGGCACACAGCCCAGCUUUCCAAGU